AUGGCUGCAGACCUCGGAGAGCUGCUGGUCCCGUACAUGCCCACCGUCAGGGUGCCCAGGACAGGAGAUAGGGUUUUCAAGAGCGAGUGCGCCUUUUCCUUCGACUCCCCAGAGUCGGAGGGAGGCCUUUAUGUGUGUAUGAACACAUUCCUGGGCUUUGGACGAGAACAUGUGGAGAGACAUUAUCGCAAAACAGGGCAGAGCGUUUACAUGCACCUCAAACGACAUGUCAAAGAGAAAGCCACAGGAGCUGCAGGAGGCGCCAUCCCCAGACGAAGAAAUGGAAAGGUGUUUCUAGAUUUAGAGCUAAACCGUGAUUUUAACGGAGAGGACUAUGAAUAUGAAGACGAGGCCAAGCUGGUCAUUUUUCCAGACCACUUCGAGAUCCCCUUACCAAAUAUUGAGGAGUUGCCCGCUCUGGUGACCAUCGCUUGUGAUGCAGUGCUCAACGCACCGUCAGCUUACAAGAAGCAGGAGCCUGAAUCCUGGGACGAGGAGAUCCAGGUGUCCAGACAUGCCAGAAGUCUCAGACAGCUGGAUAAUGGGGUCAGGAUCCCACCCAGUGGCUGGAAGUGUCAGAAGUGCGUGAUGAGAGAAAACCUGUGGUUGAACCUGACAGAUGGAGCAGUGCUCUGUGGGAAGUGGUUCUUUGAUGGGAGCGGAGGCAACGGCCACGCUCUGGAGCACUACAAAGAGACCAAAUACCCCCUCGCUGUCAAAAUAGAGACCAUCACCCCAGACGGAGCAGAUGUCUACUCAUUUGAGGAGGAGGAAGCUGUGCUGGACCCUCACAUAUCAGAACACUUGUCACACUUUGGAAUUGACAAGCUACAGAUGCAGAAAAAAACAGAGAACGGUCACCACACAGAAAAUAACUCCCGGCCGCGGGUCAGUGAGUGGGAGGUGAUCCAGGAGUCGGGCAUGAAGCUGAAAGCGGUGUUUGGUUCUGGUUACACAGGCAUCAAAAACCUGGGCAACAGCUGCUACCUCGGCACAGUGAUGCAGGUCCUAUUCAGCAUCCCAGACUUCCAGAGGAUGUAUGUUGGUAAUCUUCAGAGGAUAUUUGACUAUUCACCUCUUGACCCCAGCCAGGACUUUGCCACACAAAUGGCUAAACUGGGACACGGACUGCUGUCAGGCCAGUACUCCAAACCACCCAUGAAAUCUGAGCUCAUUGAACAGGUGAUGAAAGAAGAAAGCAAGGUAUUAAACUGGCACCAGCAGAAAGGCGUCCCUCCUCGAAUGUUGAAGGCUCUGGUCAGCAGGGGACACCCAGAGUUUUCCUCUAACAGGCAGCAAGACGCCCACGAGUUCCUCCUGCACGUAAUCAACGUGGUGGAGAGGAACAGCGCAGGCUCAGAGAAUCCAAGCGACGUCUUCCGCUUCCUGGUGGAGGAGCGAGUUCAGUGCUGCCAGACACGUCGGGUUCGUUACAGUCAACGGGUGGACUACUGCAUCCAGCUGCCAGCUCCCAUUGAGGCGGCCACCAAUCGAGAGGAGCUGCUGGCAUAUGAGACCAAGCGGAGGGAUGCUGAGGAGAACAUGCGGGCUCCUCCAGAGCCGGUGAGAGCCCGGAUCCCCUUCACCGCCUGCCUGCAGGCCUUCACAGAGCCAGAAAACGUUCCCGACUUCUGGAGCUCAGCGCUGCAAGCCAAGUCAGCUGCAGUGAAAACUUCCCGUUUCGCCUCCUUCCCAGAGUAUCUGGUUUUGCAGAUCAAGAAAUUCACAUUCGGGGUUGACUGGGUGCCAAAGAAACUAGAUUUGGCCAUUGAUGUUCCAGACUUUCUGGAUCUGAGCCGGCUGCGGGCUAUUGGGCUGCAGGCGAGUGAAGAGGAGCUGCCUGACCUCCUGCCUCCCAUCGUACUAGCUGAAGACACCAGAGAUAAUUCCAUGAGCUCCGUAGACUCUCCAGAAAUAGACGAGGCGGCAGUAAUGCAGCUGGCAGAGAUGGGCUUCCCGCUGGAGGCCUGUAGGAAGGCGGUCUACUACACAGGCAACAUGGGCCCCGAGAUGGCCUUCAACUGGAUCAUAGCUCACAUGGAGGAGCCCGACUUUGCAGAACCUCUCACUCUGCCCUCCAUGGUGGAUCCUGGCCCCUCCACCAGCGACAGCCCCGUGGGCGCCGCCCUGCUGAGCAACUCGCCCCCCGAGGAGAGCAUCGCCAUCCUCACUUCAAUGGGCUUCCCCCGUGCUCACAGCAUCCAGGCCCUCAAAGCCACGAACAAUAACCUGGAACGAGCACUCGACUGGAUCUUCACCCAUCCGGAGGAGGAGGAGAGUGACGCUCUCUCAGACAUGGCUGACACGGAGCCAAAUGACAACGCUUUCUCCAACGCCAACUCGCACAGCGACUCCACGCUGUCUCCAGACCGAGACGUGUCGGGUCCGCGGGUCAAAGACGGACCGGGACGUUAUGAGCUCUUUGCUUUCAUCAGUCACAUGGGAGCAUCCACAAUGUCUGGACAUUAUGUUUGUCACAUCAAAAAGGAGGGAAGGUGGGUGAUCUACAACGACCACAAAGUGUGUUUGUCAGAAAGGCCUCCAAAAGACUUGGGCUACAUCUACUUUUACCAUCGACUAUCUAGCAGCUAA